AUGUCUUCUCUAAACUGGGAUUAUGUCCUGAAGUUCGUGAUCAUCGGAGAUGCAGCUGUGGGAAAGAGCAGUCUCCUUGUGCGGCUCACAGACCAGAAGUUCUUAUCUAAACCUGAUCCUACGCUCGGUGUAGAAUUUGGCUCCAAGUUGAUUUCUCUUGCGGACGAAAACAAGACUGUGAAAUUGCAAUGUUGGGACACCGCUGGUACUGAAUCCUUCCGUUCAAUUACCCGAUCAUACUACCGAGGAGCAGCGGGUGCAUUGCUCGUUUACGACGUGACCUCGCGAGCCAGCUUUGAACACACUAGAACAUGGCUUUCCGAUGUACGAGAACAUGCCGAUCCCAACCUCACCUGCAUUCUUGUUGCCAACAAAGUCGAUCUAUGUGUGGAUGAAGGACGGGAGGGAGACAGCACACCACCUACGAGCGUCAAAAGCGGACGCAAACACCGCGAAGUAUCUCGUGAUGAAGCGGAGAAAUUUGCACGAGAGGAGGGGCUAUUGUUUAUCGAAGCUAGUGCAAAGACGGGAGAGAACGUCGACCGGGCAUUCGAGGAAGCAACACGUGACAUCCUUCACAAGAUCAGGCAGGGCGUCUUUGACGAUAACAAGUCCCCAGGAGUCAAGUCUACUCGCCCACGCAAUGACCCUAAUACCUUGCAACUUGAAGACACCCGGCGCCGUGGUGCUUGUUGCUAG